AUGAAUUAACCCCUGAUUGCUUAUGUAGAAGUAAAAAAGUUUGAAUUUAGAAAAAAGCGCUUUUCAAUUUAUUACAGAUUUAUCAGAAAUUAGUUAACAACUAAAUUAAAAGAAAGAAUAGAAGAUAAAUAAUCUCAUUCAAUUGUAAAAUAAAAUUAAACUUAUUCUUAAUAAAUAGAAAUUAAGGAGAUUAUUUAAAGUUUUCAUCUAGAGGAGGAAUAUUUAAAAAAAUAUAUCAUAAUUUUAGAUUUAAAAAUAAAGAUUUGGUUAUUAUAGAUAAAGGGAGUUGAGAACAUUGGAGAACUUAUAUAAAUAGUGAGUCAGUUUGGUAAUAAUUUAUAAAAAGUAAUGGUUUAAUUUUUUUAGGAUUUUCAUCAAAAUAUAGACUAAAAGAGAUACGAAUAAAAAAACGUAAUUCACCUAAAACUGAUGUCUUUAUUAUAUGCUUUAAUUUUAAACAAUAUAUAACAAGCAAUAGUGUAUGAAUAAUAAAUUGUGAAUUUAUGUGCUAAUGAAAGUAAUCUUCCUCUUGAUACAAUAUGUAAUGCAACACUUUUAGAGGAUAAAGUAUGUUUACUAUCAAUAAGUAUGGUAAAAAAUAAAGGAAAGAUUUUAAAUUCAAAUAAAAAACAAUUAGCUAAACAUUUUGGUUUUUAAUGUGAUGAUUACCAUUUAAUAUCACAUAUAAAUGAUUUGUUGCCUCCAUUUUUAAUUGAUGUUCAUAAUCAUUUAUUGGAACUAUAUUUGGAAAGUGCAUAAUCUUAAUUAUUUCGAUAAUUCAUUUCCAUCACAACUAUUUAGUAAGAUGGUUUACUUUAAGCUAAAUAAUUGAAACUAGAUAAUAAUUUUAGUUAUGAAGAUGAUUAUGUUAUUACAGGAUGUAUAUCAAAAGUAAAGGAAGGUUCUGAAUUCAUAGUUUUUGAUUCAAGUGGUAAAAUCUUAAGUGCUACUGAAUCUAUUUAUCAUUUGAUGAUUUAAGGUAUCGAUUAAGAGUCUUCUACUGCAAUCUAAACUUUGAAUCAAUGUUAUAUAUUUUUCUUUUUUCCAGAUAUUUUAAAAAUCUUUGGAAAUCAUAAAAUAACAAAUAAAAGUUACCAUAAUCUUGAAAUAGAGGACUAAACUACUUUAAUCACAAGAUUUAAUAUAUCAGAUUUUAUAAAUAAAUACCAAAAAAUGUUAAGUUAAACUUCUCAUUACAAAUAUUUAUAAUAUGAGCGUAGAGGUAGCUAACAUUUUUAAAAAUCUAAAACUAGCGGACUUUAAUCUGAAUGUUAAAGUUCAUUUCAUAAAUCUGUCCCAAAAAUAUCAUAAAAACAAGAAUUAUAAAUUUUAACUAUAACUUAUUAAAAGUAAAUCGAAGAUGUUAUGAAAUAAGUUAAUGAAGUUGGUGAAGCUACAUAUUCAGUUAAAUUUAUUCUAACUUAUAAAGUAAUAGGUCCAGAAUCUUUACAUAAAUCUUUUUUUCUUAUGGAAAUUAUCGAUUUUAGAAGUAAGGAGUAAUUGUUAUCAAAAAGAAGAAAAGUAAGUGUAAUGAAAUUACAUUAAAAAUAUAUCCCAAGAACUUCAUCACGAUUCAAAAUGGAUUCUUUUCGAGAAGACUCUAAAAGAUUAGAUCAAUCAUCUGAAUAGUUUAUUUAAUCUUUUGCAUAAGUUCAUCAUCAUGAUGAUUUAUUAGAUCAUAAUGUCUAUUCUUAAAAAUAAUAAGAUUCCAGUAUAGAUGAAAAUUAAUAAUCAGAAGGAUCUAAGACAUCUUUAGAUUCAUCAAAAUCUAAUACUAAUAAAGAGUGUCAUCUUUUUAUUAAUUCUGAUAAAAUUAUAAAACCUUUAAAAAUUGUUAUGGCUCUUAACUUAUUAAUUAUAGUUGUUUAAUUAAUUUAUAUGAUUGCAAGUCUUAUAAUUAUCUCAGAUGGCACAAAUGAAAUUGUUCAAAGCAAUAAAAAUAUCAAUGCUCCUUUAAUUUUUAAUAGACAGUUUUUCCAAUUAUUUUCGCUCGAAUGGAUACUUCUUAUGAAAAAGCUUUAAGUUGUUGAUUGUAGUACUUACCUUCUUAAUUAAACUGAUUACAAAUUAAAAAAUAUCUCAGAAUCUACAUUCUUAGAAUUAAAUAAAUUAUACUCUUCCUUUAUUGAGGUUGAAAACUCUGGAUUACUAGAAGAUAUUAAUUAUAGAACAGUAGGAUAAGAUAGUCAAAUUGUAGGGUAUACUUACUUUAUUAUAAAUUUAGAAAGGACAAUAAAAGAGUUAUUUUAUUAUCACAAAAAAUUUGA